AUGGCUCCUAGAACCAUGACCUCCAACGAGGUCUACCUCCUUCCUUUGAAGGACAAUGGUGCUCCCGACGUGCCCGGCGAGUACAUCUACUUGGCGCCGAAAUCACAGGCGCCCAUUACUAUCCGAUUCACCAUUGAAGGCACCUCUUCCAUAUGUCGGCAAGGGAGCCUUUGGGUCAACAUUCCGGAACAAGGCUCCCCUUUCCAGAGAGACUCCUUCCGAGAAUACAAGCUUGAUCCUGACUUUAAUCGCACUCUCGAAAUCUCAAUCCCUAUCCACGAUGCUGGCGCUUUUGCCUACUAUGUUACCUACGCCGAGCUGCCCGAGCUGACGACCGAGCUCGACUCCAACAAGUUGACCUCUUCCGAGAAGAAGAAAUCACCUCUCUAUUACAUUGAUGUGGCGCCGCGGCUGUCACUCGAUGGCAGGCCCCUGCCCUUGCCUGCCUUGUCCCUGUUCUCCGUGAUUAGCAAGUUCAUGGGCAAAUAUCCCACUGAUUGGGAAAGGCAUUUGCGUGGAAUUAGCGACCGAGGCUACAAUAUGAUUCAUUUCACACCACUCCAGGUUCGCGGAGAUUCAAAUUCACCAUACAGUCUCUACGACCAGCUUGGCUGGGACCCCGACUGUUUUCCAAAUGGAGAAUCAGAUGUUCAAAAGAUGGUGACUAGCUUGGAGAAAAAUCAUGGACUGCUUAGUCUUACAGACAUUGUGCUUAACCAUGUCGCCAACAAUACCAAGUGGCUAGAGGAACAUCCUGAUGCGGGUUACAACUUGACCACGGCACCGUGGCUGGAAUCAGCCUACAUUCUGGAUACCAAGCUUCUUGAAUUCGGUUUCAAGCUUGAAGAGUUGGGAUAUCCAAACGAGUUCAAGUCAGUUGACGAUCUUGUCAAGGUCAUGGAUGGCAUCAAGAAACACGUUGUUGCCGAAAUCCGUCUCUGGGAGUAUUAUGCACUCAAUGUUGACCGAGACGUGGAUGCUGCUGUCGAGGCGUGGGCUGCGGGCAAGACAUCUGCCGCCGCCGAUCUUGACCAUCUCAAGGAUGCGAGCCUCAAAGACCAGGCCGAAUACUUGCUCGGCAAAGGACUUCUUAACAACGAUCGCUUAGGCGAACGUUUCUUUCGACGUAUCGACCCAGAAGUGGCGGCUGCGUUGGCUGCCACAUUGUUUGGAAAGUACCGUGGAGAGGCUGAUGAGUCGACAAUUCGCGCCAAGCUUGUUGAGAUAUUCGAUGCCGCAAAUGUCCGGUUUUAUGACGAGUACGACAAGGAGAUUGGAGAGAUUCUUCAGCAGCUCUUCAAUCGCAUCAAAUAUGUUCGCAUAGACGAUCACGGGCCAAAACUUGGACCUGUGACCCAGAAGGACCCUCUUAUUGAAUCUUACUUUACCAGAUUACCUCAAAACGAGACUACUUCCAAGCACAAAAAGCAGGACUUGGUGCUGGUCAACAAUGGUUGGGUUUGGGCUGGCAAUGCUCUGAUUGACAACGCAGGGCCUUUGUCUAGGGUUUAUCUUCGCCGUGAGGUGAUCGUCUGGGGAGACUGUGUCAAGCUUCGAUACGGCAGUGGGCCGCAAGACAGUCCGUUUUUGUGGGAGUACAUGACCAAGUACGCGCGUAUGCUGGCCAAGUACUUUGCCGGAUUCCGUAUCGACAACUGCCACUCUACUCCAAUCCAUGUGGCUGAACAUAUCCUCGAUGAAGCUCGCCGCGUUAGACCGAACCUCUACGUUGUGGCUGAACUUUUCACCGGAUCCGAGGAAAUGGACUAUGUUUUCGUAAAGCGACUAGGAAUCAGUGCGCUCAUUCGAGAAGCCAUGCAAGCCUGGAGCACUGCGGAGAUGAGCAGACUUGUCCAUCGUCACGGUGGCCGCCCGAUUGGGUCCUUCGAGGUGAAUGACGUCUCCAAGACGGGUUCGCAGAACCCAGGAAGUCCCCCUAUGAGUCCGGGUGUCAAUGGUGCGACCACACGCGAGAUCGUCAGGCGGGUCCAAGCAGUACCCAUACAGGCACUGUUCAUGGAUUGCACACACGAUAAUGAAGUCCCUGCGCAGAAGAGAGAUGCCCGCGACACUCUUCCCAACGCAGCUUUGGUCAGCAUGUGUUCUAGUGCGACUGGCAGUGUCAUGGGUUACGAUGAAAUCUACCCGAAACUCGUGGAUUUGGUCAACGAGACGAGGCUGUACACAUCCGAGUCCUCGGAAAAGGCAGUCAAGGUUGGCGGUGGAAAGGGAGGUAUCGGCGGUGUCAAGAAGUUGCUCAACCAAAUCCAUACUCUCAUGGGCAUGGAUGGCUACGAUGAAACUCAUAUCCAUCAUGAAGACCAGUACGUCACAGUGCACAGAGUCCACCCAGAGUCGAGAAAAGGUUACUUCCUCAUUGCGCACACUGCUUAUCCGGGCUACGGCAACGGCAACGGAGCUUUCAACGCCGUUCACCUGACGGGCACUAAGGCACGGCAUCUUGGAAGUUGGAUGCUCGAGGUGGAAAGUGAUGAAGCUGCUCAGAAGACUGUGCUUGAAGACAAGAAAUACCUCAAGGGUCUGCCCAGCCGCGUAGUUGAUGUACCCGGCAUUCGCAUGGAAGUCAAGGGUGACGAAACUAUCAUCACGGUCCGCGACAAAUUCCCUCCCGGUUCCAUUGCGCUGUUUGAGACCUGGAUCCCCGCUGCUGAGCACUCGGUGGGAUUGGACAACUAUGUCACCUCGGGAGCAAAGGCUGCCAUGUCCGAGCUAGACUUAGUAGAUCUCAACUUCCUCCUCUUCCGCUGUGAUGCAGAGGAGCGUGAUGGAAGCGAUGGCAAGGACGGAGCCUACGAUAUUCCUGGACACGGCAAGACGAUAUAUGCCGGUCUUCAGGGCUGGUGGAGCAUCCUGAAGGAUGUUAUCAAAGACAACAACCUCGCUCAUCCUUUGUGCCAGCAUUUGCGUGAUGGACAGUGGGCCUUGGACUACACAAUUGGUCGCUUGGAAAGGGCUAGCCAACAAGACCACUGGAAGGGGCUUGCCGUGCCAGCAUCAUGGUUAAAAGAGCGCUUUGACGCAAUUCGAAAGGUUCCAAGCUUUCUGUUGCCACGAUACUUUGCCUUGGUGAUCCGAACGGCAUACAAGGCAGCAUGGGAACGUAGUCUUGAGCUGAUGAACGAGAACACCCGCGAUGGCCAAUGGUUCCUCCAGAGUCUGGCCAUGGUUAGCGUCCAGCAGACCGGAAUCGUCAAGUCCGGCUCAUUGUGGCCGUCAAAGCUUGUCCCUUCGCUGGCUGCUGGUUUGCCCCAUUUCGCUGUGGAAUGGGCUCGCUGUUGGGGUCGUGACGUCUUCAUCUCUCUCCGUGGACUUUAUCUGGGUACAGGCCGCUUUGAGGAGGCUGCAGAGCACAUCUUUGCUUUUGCCAGCGUACUCAAGCACGGAAUGAUUCCCAAUCUCCUGAGCAGCGGAAAUCUACCAAGAUAUAACAGCAGAGAUUCUGUGUGGUUCUUCUUGCAGACGAUUCAAGACUAUGUUCGGUUCGCUCCAAACGGAAUUGAUUUCCUGAAGCGAAAGGUCAAGCGCCGCUUCUUGCCAUACGAUGAUACUUGGUUCCCUUCAGAUGACCCCCGCGCCUAUUCCACUGAGAGCAUCAUCCACGACGUAAUUCAGGAGGCGUUGCAACGUCAUGCCUCUGGAAUGAAGUUCCGCGAAGCCAAUGCCGGCCCCAGUAUCGAUGCUCAGAUGCGUGAUGAGGGCUUCAAUAUUGAGAUUAAUGUAGACUGGUCCAAUGGCAUCAUCUUUGGUGGUAAUCAGUUCAACUGUGGAACAUGGAUGGACAAGAUGGGUGAAAGCGAACGGGCAAAUUCCAAGGGUAUCCCAGGAACACCAAGAGACGGCGCUGCCAUUGAAAUCACUGGUCUACUCUACAGCACCUUGAGAUGGGUCGCCAAGCUUGCUUCGGAGGACAAGUACCCGUACAAGGGAGUGAAGAAGGCCGACGGCUCAGAGAUCACCUUUACCGAAUGGGCCGAUCUUGUCAAGUCGAGCUUCGAAUACAGUUACUACGUGCCGACCGACGCAGCAGAUGACAGCAAGUAUGCCGUCAACUCGCAAGUCGUCAAUCGCAGAGGUAUCUACAAGGAUCUCUUCCGCUCGGGCAAGGAAUACGAGGACUACCAACUUCGCCCCAACUUUGCCAUUGCCAUGACCGUUGCUCCGGAUCUAUUCGAGCCGUCACACGCGUGGGGUGCCCUCCUCUUGGCCGACAAGGUCCUCCGUGGCCCAACCGGAAUGGCAACAUUGGACCCCAGCGAUUUGAACUACCGCCCAUACUAUGUCAACAGCGAAGACAGCGAUGACUUUGCGACUUCAAAGGGCAGAAACUACCACCAGGGUCCAGAGUGGCUCUGGCCAACAGGUUUCUUCCUCCGCGCCUUGUUGAAGUUUGAUCUUGAGCGUCGUCAGGGCAGCCAAGAGGGUCGUGUCGAGGCCUUCCAGCAGGUCACACGGCGCCUUGAAGGUUGCAAGGAAAUGAUCCAAAGCAGCCCAUGGGCAGGUCUGCAGGAACUCACGCAGAAGAAUGGCGAAUACUGUAGUGAUUCGAGUCCCACCCAAGCAUGGAGUGCCGGUUGUUUGAUAGAUCUCUACAUGGAUGCUGCAGAAUACACAACCAGAGCCUGA